CGCGGAGCGAAGGAGCCGGGGGCGCGCGGGCGGGCGGGAGGAGGGAGGCGCCGGGGGCGCGCGCGCGCGCUGGGCGCUGCUGGGCUGCGGCGGCGGUUACUAUGGCGGAGUCGGCCGGAGCCUCCUCCUUCUUCCCCCUUGUUGUCCUCCUGCUCGCCGGCAGCGGCGGGUCUGGGCCCCGAGGGAUCCAGGCUCUGCUGUGUGCAUGUACUAGCUGCCUACAGACCAACUACACGUGUGAAACAGAUGGGGCCUGCAUGGUCUCCAUCUUCAACCUGGAUGGCAUGGAGCACCACGUGCGCACCUGCAUCCCCAAAGUCGAGCUGGUUCCUGCCGGAAAGCCCUUCUACUGCCUGAGCUCUGAGGAUCUGCGCAACACCCACUGCUGCUACAGUGACUUCUGCAACAAAAUUGACCUCAGGGUGCCCAGUGGGCACCUCAAGGAGCCUGAGCACCCCUCCAUGUGGGGCCCUGUGGAGCUGGUGGGCAUUAUCGCUGGCCCAGUCUUCCUCCUGUUUCUCAUCAUCAUCAUCGUCUUCCUUGUCAUCAACUAUCACCAGCGUGUCUACCACAACCGCCAGAGACUGGACAUGGAGGAUCCCUCGUGUGAGAUGUGUCUCUCCAAAGACAAGACACUCCAGGAUCUUGUCUAUGAUCUCUCCACGUCAGGGUCUGGCUCAGGGUUACCCCUUUUUGUCCAGCGCACAGUGGCCCGAACCAUUGUUUUACAAGAGAUUAUCGGCAAGGGCCGGUUUGGGGAAGUGUGGCGUGGCCGCUGGCGAGGUGGUGACGUGGCUGUGAAAAUCUUCUCUUCUCGUGAAGAGCGGUCGUGGUUCCGGGAAGCCGAGAUCUACCAGACAGUCAUGCUGCGUCAUGAGAACAUCCUUGGGUUCAUUGCUGCUGACAAUAAAGAUAACGGCACCUGGACCCAGCUGUGGCUUGUCUCUGACUAUCACGAGCAUGGUUCCCUGUUUGAUUAUCUGAACCGCUACACAGUGACCAUUGAGGGGAUGAUUAAGCUGGCCCUGUCUGCGGCCAGUGGGUUGGCACACCUGCACAUGGAGAUUGUGGGCACUCAAGGGAAGCCUGGAAUUGCUCAUCGAGACCUAAAGUCAAAGAACAUCCUGGUGAAGAAGAACGGCAUGUGUGCCAUUGCAGACCUGGGCCUAGCCGUCCGUCAUGACGCAGUUACUGACACCAUUGAUAUUGCUCCAAAUCAGAGGGUGGGAACCAAACGAUACAUGGCUCCUGAAGUACUUGAUGAAACCAUCAACAUGAAGCACUUUGACUCCUUCAAGUGUGCCGAUAUCUAUGCUCUUGGGCUUGUAUACUGGGAGAUUGCGCGAAGAUGCAAUUCUGGAGGAGUCCAUGAAGAAUAUCAGCUGCCAUAUUAUGACUUAGUGCCCUCCGACCCUUCCAUUGAGGAAAUGCGAAAGGUCAUCUGUGACCAGAAGUUACGACCCAAUAUCCCCAACUGGUGGCAGAGUUAUGAGGCGCUGCGGGUGAUGGGGAAGAUGAUGCGUGAGUGCUGGUACGCCAAUGGUGCUGCCCGCCUGACAGCGCUGCGCAUCAAGAAGACUCUGUCCCAGCUGAGCGUGCAGGAAGAUGUGAAGAUCUAAGCUGCUCCGCUGCCUACACAAAGAACCUGGGCAGUGAGGACGACUGCAGCCACCGUGCUUGAGCGUACCGGAGGCCUACCUCUUGUUUCUGCCCAGCCCUCUGGCCAGAGUCCUGGCCUGCAAGAGGGACAGAGCCCGGGAGACACGCACACUCCCAUUUUGGGUUUGAGACAGACUUUUUAUAUUUACCUCCUGAUGGCAUGGAGUCUCGGAGAGCAAAUUAUGUAGAGAACUCGAUGCCGCAAGUUGAACUGCAGUGGGAAAUACACAGAACCCAGUGCAUCUGGUGCGUAGCCAGGAAUGGUAGCAGGGUGCUGGGCUCUCCCUAGAGCAGCCCCUAUGCCUUGUGGUCUGUUGGACUGGAGGUUUUCCUCCAGGGACCAGUCAACCUGGCAGCACGGUAUUGAGAAGAACCGGAAGUGUAGCCCCUCUGACAGUAGUCCUGAGCCACACCAUCCCCUCCCCUCACGGACAUCUAGAGGGACUGCCACUAGAGAGGCCACCUGCUGCCUGUCUGUCCAGCCAAGUGUGCAUGUGCCGAGGUGUGUCCCACAUUGUGCCUGGUCUGUGCCACGCCCUUACACGUGUGUGUGUGUCUGUAGGUGCACACUUACCUGCUUGAGCUUUCUGUGCAUGUGCAGGCCAAGGUGUGCUGGUGCCUCUGUCACAGUGAGCAGCGUCUGGUUAACUUGGUGCCCUCCUGAAGGUCUCUCCUGUUCCCAGCCUCUGUCAGGGUGGUCCUCUUCUCAGCAGGCUGCUUGCCACCCUGUGUCACAGACCUUCCUCUCCCAUUUCAGACCAGAACCAAAGCUGGCCCACUUGUCCAUGGUAGGAGAGGCUUUUGGGUCAAAAUGAGGGGAGGGGAGCAGGAUGAGCAGAGACAGAAUGUUGUGCAAGUCUUGGGUGUUGUGUUUCAACAUCAGCCGUGGGAAACGAGCCAGCCAAGGGCAUCUUCCUCAGCAGCAGUGAGGAAGGGAGGGCCAGGAGAUCUGAAGCCAGAUCUCGGGACUCGGAUUGGAAUGUGACAUCUGUUUGUCCCACCCCAGAGUCUGCACACUGCAGUGUAUAUUUUUGGUGGUGGUGGUGGGUUUGGGGU